AUGACAGGUCUUGAAUUUGCUAAAGUUCACAACUUGGCCAUUUACCUAGUUGAUCCUCCAGAGGCUCACUCUGAUUUCCAAUUCAUAAUCAGUGGCUUAAGAAGAUGCUGCUUGUACACUGCUCUCACCACUAGUCCGGUCAUCUAUCAACAAUUGUUUAAGGAGUUUUGGAGCAUUGCAACUGUCAUAAAGGAUGAUAAGGGCACAAAAUAUCUUGAAACAUCUGUGCAAGGAAAGAAAGUCUUGGUUACUGAACAAAUCCUUCGAAAAACUUUGCAAAUAAGCGACGAACCUGAAUUCUCCAUAAGUCUAGCAACGCACUUGGCACAGCAUAGUUCAGAACCUUUCUCAAGUGGAAAAUGGAUAUCUAUUGAGGAAGGUCAUUCAGGGGAUGUUGAUCCUGUUGUGUCCAAGCUCAAAGAAGAAAUUGGCAUUCUCAAUCAGCAAAAUAUUAAGAAGGACAUUUUGAUUGGGAAACAUGAUGUCAGGAUCGUUGAGCCUAAAGCAGACAAUGCAUUGAAGUCAAAACAGAUUUCUGAUUCGCAAACUAAUCUUGGAUCCUUGACUUCUUUCUAUUUCAACUUGAAGAACAAAUUGUUUGAAGCUUUUGGUGAUAAGUUCCAGUCCUUGUUUCAACGGCCUCAUGGUAUUGAAGAUCCUCCCACUGCUCCCGUCCAGCCUUUCGAAAGCAAAAUUCAUGUUGAUCAACAACCCCCAAGAACAACAAGAAUUGUCAAUCUGUUUGAGAAAUAUCAUGUUAAUGCCAAUCCCCGGAUCACAAUUAAACAUGGAAACAAAAUAUUCAUAGCUGAGGAGAAAGUAGGUUUGGUCUUCAUGAAGAACUCAAAUGAGAAUCGUAAAGCAAAUAAACCUCAACUCACUGUGAUAGAUCUUGAAAAGAGAAAAUUGAUGAUCGAUUUGGUGAUCAUACUGGGAUCAAAAUGUGGGCCUAUGAUCAUGAACUUAAACUGUGGGUGGUUAAGAGAAAUUCUUGAAAUACAGAGUACUACAAAAGCAUUCAUGACUUCAACUCCUAGACAAAAGUUGAUCUCUCUUAACUCUCAAGGGUUCCAUUCCACAAUCCUUCAAAAAAUCCUACCAGCUACAAACCAAUUGAAGGAGAUUCCAAUCCCACAACAUUUUCAUGAUGUAUAUCUUGAUGAUAUGGAUUUUUGGGCCAUUGAUGAUGAAACAUCAACUGCAGCCAUAAAAUUCAAAAACAGAGAAGGAAUUAUCAGGCUCGUUAGUGUUAAGGAUAUUUUGAGAUUCACAGAGAGAGACAUUCACACUUUGGCGUGUCAUCAAAUCGUGUGGAGGAGGGAGAUCAUAGAGGCUUCUGCAAAAGAAUUUACAUGA